UUGCCAAUGGAUGAACUGGUGCAUGACUUGGCCUCAGCCUUAGAGCAGACUUCGGAACAAAACAAGCUGGAUGAGCUAUGGGAAGAGAUGGCUCUAAGCCCACGGCAGCAGCGGCGUCAGCUUCGCAAGAGACGGGGCCGCAAGCGACGCUCAGAGUUCGCGCAUCAGGCAGAGCAUGCCUGCUGCUACAGCGAGGCCUCGGAGUCAAGCUUGGACGAGGCUGUCAAGGAUUGCCGUGAGGUGCUGACAGCCAAUUUCAGUGACUCUGAUGACAUGGCAGUGGUCAAACGACACCCAGCUCUCAGUGCCACCCUGAGGAGCAAGCAGCACUUAUGGCAUGAGUCAGACUCCUUUACAGAGAAUGCACCCUGUCGACCUCUCAGGCGCCGACGGAAAGUCAAACGUGUGACAUCAGAGGUGGCUGCCAGCCUGCAGCAAAAGCUCAGGGUGUCAGAGUGGAACUAUGAGAGGGGCUGCAGGUUCAAGUCAGCCAAAAAACAGCGGCUUUCACGCUGGAAAGAAAAUGCCCCUUGGACAUCAUCCAGUCAUGGCCUUCGUGAAUCAGGAGAGAACAGGCCCUUCCUGAGCAAAGGGGGAAGGAAAGAGCGGAUGGAGUGUGAAGCCGAUGAGCAGAAACAGGGCUCAGAUGAAAACAUGUCGGAAUGUGAAACCAGCAGUGUAUGCAGCAGCAGUGAUACUGGCCUCUUUACCAAUGAUGAGGGCCGCCAAGGAGAUGAUGAGCAAAGCGAUUGGUUUUACGAAGGAGAAUGUGUUCCAGGAUUCACCGUCCCCAACCUUCUUCCCAAGUGGGGAGCUGACCACCGAUCUGAAGUGGAGCGGAUUGACUCAGGUCUGGACAAGCUCUCAGAUUCCACCUUCCUUUUGCCCUCACGGCCAGCUCAGAGAGGAUUUCAUGCUCGCCUGAAUCGCCUUCCAGGAGCUGCUGCCCGUUGUCUCCGUAAAGGUCGGAGGAGGCUUGUUGGCAAGGAGACCUCCAUAAGCACUUUGGGCACCGAGAGACUAGGUCAUAUUGUUAGUGAUCCACGCCAGAAAGAAAAGAACAAAGUGCUGGCUUCUGAUUUCCCACACACUGUGGCCAGUGCACAUGAGUUCAAUCCAUUAUCUCCUCUGUACUCUCUGGAUGUUCUUGCUGAUGCUUCCCACCGAAGAUGCUCACCAGCACACUGCACUGCCAGGCAAGCAAAUGUACACCUGGGACCACCAUGUUCAAGGGACAUCAAGAGGAAACGAAAGCCAGCUGCAGCCUCCAUGUCCAGCCCAUCAGCAACUUUAUCUGUCCACAUGGAUGCAGCAGAGUCAGAGCUACCAGCACCGCCAUCCAUGAGAUCCCAGAACUCUGAGUGGACAGGAAAAACACCAGCAGCCGAGAAAGCCACUAUUGCUCCCUCCAGUAACUUUUUUAAAAUGCCACCAGAGAAGAGCCCUGGAUACAGCUAA